UAUCUACACACGAAAGGUUGAAGAAAAUUGAGACACAUAUAUAAGUAUAAAUUCCCUUCUUCUGUCUCUAAACACUUUGACUUCACACAGUCGUAACAUAAAAAUCCCAAAUUCAAAAAUGGGUAACUGCAACACCACCACCACCACCACCACCGGCGCCAAUCCCCCACCCAACGGCGGCGGAGGGCAGCAACCCAGCAUCAACGUCGUCCCCGCCGAUACGCCGCCCCCGCCCCGCCGGCCUCUCCCGACAGGCAUCGGCCGCGUCCUGGGCCGGCCGAUGUCCGAUGUCCACUCCGUGUACAUUUUCGGGCGGGAGCUGGGGCGGGGCCAGUUCGGCGUGACCCAUCUGGUGACCCACCGCGCCACGCGCCAGAACUUCGCGUGCAAGUCAAUCGCCACGCGCAAGCUCAUCAGCCCCGACGACGUCGCCGACGUCCGCCGCGAGGUCCAGAUCAUGCACCACCUCACCGGCCACCGCAACAUCGUCGAGCUCAAGGAGAGCUUCGAGGAUCGCCACAGCGUGCAUUUGGUGAUGGAAUUGUGCGCCGGCGGCGAGCUCUUCGAUCGGAUUAUCGCCAAGGGGCAUUACUCGGAGCGCGCCGCGGCGGGGCUGUGCCGCCAGAUUGUGACGGUGGUGCAUGCUUGCCACUCGAUGGGGGUCAUGCAUAGGGAUUUGAAGCCUGAGAAUUUCUUGUUUUUGAGUAAGGAUGAGGAUUCGCCGCUCAAGGCUACAGAUUUCGGCUUGUCUGCGUUUUUCAAGCCGGGAGAGUCGUUCAGAGACCUAGUCGGUAGUGCCUACUACGUGGCUCCUGAAGUACUGCGUCGAAACUAUGGUGCUGAAGCUGAUAUUUGGAGUGCUGGAGUGAUACUGUACAUCUUACUCAGUGGUGUCCCACCCUUCUGGGGAGAGAAUGAGCAGGGAAUAUUUGAUUCUGUUUUGCGUGGGCACCUUGAUUUUGUUUCUGAUCCAUGGCCAUCGAUAUCAAGUAGUGCCAAAGAUCUCGUGAAGAAGAUGCUUCUGGCUGACCCUAAAGCCCGGCUAACUGCAAUUGAAGUUUUAAAUCAUCCAUGGAUGAGAGAAGACGGGGAUGCAUCUGAUAAGCCUCUGGAUAUUGCUGUGUUGAGUAGAAUGAAGCAGUUCCGUGCAAUGAACAAACUCAAGAAAUUAGCACUUAAGGUGAUUGCAGAAAAUCUUUCUGAAGAAGAAAUCAUGGGCUUGAAGGAAAUGUUCAAAUCCAUGGAUACAGAUAACAGUGGAACAAUUACAUAUGAAGAACUAAAAGCUGGUCUACCAAAGCUGGGCACGAAGCUUUCUGAGUCUGAAGUGAGGCAGUAUAUGGAAGCGGCUGAUGUGGAUGGAAAUGGGACAAUUGAUUACAUUGAGUUUAUAACGGCUACUAUGCACAUGAACCGAAUGGAGAGAGAGGACCUUUUGUACAAAGCCUUUGAAUAUUUUGACAAGGAUAAGAGUGGGUACAUAACAGUGGAAGAACUUGAGCAAGCCUUGAAGCAAUACAAUAUGGGCGAUGCUAAAACAAUAAAAGAAAUCCUUGCAGAAGUAGACACUGAUAACGAUGGGAAGAUAAACUAUGAUGAGUUUGUUGCAAUGAUGAAGAAAGGCAACCCCGACAUUGUAGGAACCAGACGGAGAAAAUAGAACAACAUACGAUCUAGAUGAGCUGCAUUUUCAUUUCUUGCAUUUUGAACAGAGGCCUAUUCAGCUUUUCAUUCGUUCAACCUAAAUACGGUGCAGUUCAUGGUCUAUUGGUCUUCUUGUGUGUGGCCUUAGAUCUUGAUCUGUUGGAGGUUGAAGUGCAGUUAUAGAGGCUGCUGCUGUUCAGGUACGAGAUCUGCCGGCGAAUGCAAAUUUAUUACUCAUAUCUGUUUUAUAUUACACACAUACAGAUUACUGAUUGUGCAGUUGCUAUCUGUAAUGAAAAGUUUUAUGCAUCUCUUGGAGAAGAGAAUGUUUGUGCUGUUACUUGUCAGAAAAUGACUACACUUUUUGGCACAAUGAAUCCAACUCUAUCUCAACCAAAUUUUUAUAUAAUGGUAUGUUGUAUUC